AGUGAUAAUGUUUGUGCGUAACCGUAAAUGAUCAAUUUCAUAACACUGACAGACAACAAAUGUCAUCCAAAAUUUUGAAGUCUCUGUGGCACCAGAGAGGGUUGUUACAGCAGUCAGUCAGACAGUGGAGAUGUCAUGUGGCCGGUCGCCAGCUGUCCAACCCUGCUACACAGCUACAUGUGGGUCACCCCUCACUGGUGUCACCGCCGUGUGACCUGCUAUCAGAGGACGAGCAGAUGAUGAAAGAUGUUGUGGCACGUCUUUCGUUGGAAAAGAUACAACCCUUGGUUCGCAAGAUGGAUGCUGAGAGUCAGAUGGACCAGUCUGUCAUUGAUGCUCUUUUUGAAAAUGGGUUGAUGGGAAUCGAGAUCGAAGCAGAGUAUGGCGGCACAAACAGCUCGUUCUUCGUCGCCAAUCUGGUGAUAGAGGAGCUGGCUAAGGUGGACCCGUCCGUGAGUGUCAUGGUGGACGUGCACAACACUCUGCUGGUCACGUUGAUGAGGCGCCUUGGCACCCCGGAACAGAAACAGAAGUACCUGCCGAGAAUGGCGAAAGACAUGCUGACCAGUUUCUGUCUCUCUGAAGCAGACUCAGGUACAGACGCCUUUGCUAUGAAGACCUCGGCAGUGAAGAAGGGAGACUACUACAUACUGAAUGGCACCAAACUCUGGAUCACUAAUGCAGAGCAAGCAGGCGCAUUCUUUGUGUUUGCCAAUGCCCAACCCACUGCAGGCUACAAAGGUAUCACCUGUUUCCUUGUGGAUAGAGACACAGAAGGUCUCAGUGUAGGCAAGAAGGAAGACAAGCUGGGUAUCCGGGCAUCAAGCACCUGCGCACUUCACCUUGACAACGUGAUGGUCCCCGCGAGCAACAUCCUUGGAAAGUUCGGUCUUGGGUACAAGUAUUGCAUUGAGGUGCUGAAUGAGGGCCGUAUUGGAAUUGGGGCUCAGAUGCUGGGCUUGGCUGAAGGCUGUUUCAAUGCCACUGUACCUUACACAAGAGAAAGGAAGCAAUUUGGAAAGCGAAUCUGUGAUUUUCAGGGGAUGCAGCAUCAGAUAGCGCACGUUGCUACCCAGAUUGAGGCUGCGAGGCUGCUUGUGUACAACGCCGCUCGCAGGAGGGAGGCAGGGCUCUCAGUUAUCAAGGAAGGAUCCAUGGCAAAAUUAUACGCUUCUGAGGUUGCUGCCCUGACCACGUCCAAGUGUAUUGAGUGGAUGGGCGGGGUGGGCUUCACUAAGGACUAUCCAGUGGAGAAGUUCUACAGAGAUUGCAAGAUAGGGGCCAUUUAUGAGGGCACUUCCAAUAUACAGCUGAACACCAUCUUCAAAUGCCUGGAACAUGAGGCACAGCAUUCAUGAAAAUUGAAGUCAAAAACAACAACGUUUAGGAUUUUAAAUCAUUUUACACUUUUUUGAUUUUGUCCCAUGACUAUAAAAAGCUCUGUCUUAGACCUUGUCUUGCUUAAAGUGAUUGACCUUUUUAUGUUAUGGAUAGAUAUAUAAAUUAGAACAUAAUAGGUACAAUUUGGUAAGUCAAGAAAUAACAAAUAUAUAUAUGAUUUAUGAUAUAGCCAUGCAAAUCGGCAUUGUACAUCGAGAAUUACUCAUAAUAUUUUAAAUUUGCCUAAGUACUGUUUAUACAUGUAUAGAAAUAUAAGGUUUGCGUAAACUUUUGUGGACAAAAUAAUGCAUUUAACCCUCAGAUUCAUGCUUGUUUUAAUGUCCAUCCAGGACAGUGAUUCAUGUAAAUAAAAACACUUGACUAUUGAGAAUGCAUGUUAAAUUUGAGCACUGAGUCCUAUUUGGUUUAUAAUUGAAGAACAUGAAAGACUUACAAAUUUUCACAGAAAUAGGGUCAGCUGUAAAAAAUAAGAGCCACUGUGCCUGAAUGUCCACACAGUUAUGGAGGGUGCUGUACAAAUAAUGACACUUAUUGUAUAAUGACAAAAUUGAGUUGGUGUGUAGGAAAAUGUGACUUAAUACAUGUUGGUAAAGCAUCAUUCCAGAUUAGCCUGUGCAGUUUGCAGAGGCCAAUCAGGGAUGAUACUUUCCGCUUUUAUAAAAUUUUGUUAAAAGCAAUUCUCUUCAAAACGAAAAUUUAGUCUUAUUGGUAAGUGUCAUUCCAGAUAAGUCUAUGCAGACUGCAGAGCCAAGUAUGGUAAGAAACUUUACGUACAAGGCGGGUUUUCCCAGAACGCGACUACUGUAUUUGCUUUCAUACAGGUAUAAAGGUCAUAGCACAAGAUGGAUGUUGAAGUUUCAGCAUUUGUAACCUUCUUUGUUGUUGAAUUGUGCUUACUUAAACUGUAACAUAUAUUUUUUACGCUGUUAUUAAACUUGCAUGUUUGUCA